UUAAAAUAUUGAAGUAAAAAGAGCUGUUGUAUCGGAAUAGGACUGUGACUGUAAAAAUGUGAAUCAACCCAUCCCUAAUUAAUUCUUGGGGGGGGUAUUUUUUAUUCUGGCCUGAUUGAUCGAUAGUCUGGUUCUAGGUUCUAGGUCUUAGGGUGGUGCUGUGACUGAGCUGGGUCGCCACGGAACUGUCAGAACCGCAUCCAGUUUACUGGUUAGCCAGAAUUCCCUUUCGGAGAAGUGAUACAUUUCACUAGCAGCAUAUGAUUUUAAUUUAAAUGUGACAUUUUGAACUACUUCUUAAAUAUUGUUAUAUUGCACAUUUUAUCAAGACUAUCACCAUAACUAAGAUGGUUAUGGAAAAAAAAACAUGAAACUUUUUAGAAAAUAAAAUUAGAAGUAUGCCCUUUGAAACGAAACCGUAAAACUGAAAGAACCUAAAGAAAUCGGUGAAACUCGUGCUUUGAUAGCUGGGAGGCAAUGGCAUUUCUGGGGACAACGUGCGAACCAAGAAUCUGGAGCAUAUUGUUUAAUUAAAUGGAUGUAAAGUGUCUUUUGCUAUAAUCUUUUUCAGCCAGCAGGGGGUGAUGUUAUCAAAUAACUUGGGGGGCAUGGGGUAAUAGCAGAGCAAUGUGUUUUUUUAGUAUGAAAUAAUCACUUUGAAAUUUGUAAUAGAUGUAAGUCAUUGUGUUUGAUAUUUCCUUCAGUAUGAUAGCGAUAGAACUCCUGCCUGUGUAUCAAAAAUUGUUAGGGCUAUAGGACAACUUAUUGCGAUUGGGCCGUUUUACAUACCGAGCCAGGAAUGAUUGUGAUUGGGCAGUCUUACAGACAGCCAGGAAUGAUUGUGAUUGGGCAGUCUUACAGACAGCCAGGAAUGAUUGUGAUUGGACAGUCUUACAGACAGUGCCAGGAAUUAUUGUGAUUGGACAGUCUUACAGACAGCCAGGAAUGAUUGUGAUUGGGUGGUCUUCCAUAAACAAGCAGAAAUUCUAUUGGAGAAGCAUAAAUGAGUUUGUUGUGACUGCAUAUUGAGCACAGGUGUGUCGGAUACAGUGCCAUGUGCACGUUACCGCAGCACUAUAAAAGCAGUAAGUAAGUAGUUCUGUGGGCAGGUAAUCUCACAGGUAAAGCUGAACAUCAAAGCCUCUCGCACAGGGUCAGAGAAAGAGGAGCCACCGGGAAUCACCCCAGACACAAAAAUGGCCCCUAAUGGUCCCAGCGUCCUUCUGGUCCACUCAGAAGUGGUGCCGAUUGAGAAGGAGCUGGAAGCUGGUCUCAAAGACCAAGGGGAUCCGUGGAAUGUUCCCGAACUUCAGGACAAUGGAGUUGCGUGGUCAGACCUAGACAGAAAAGGAAAGGCUGCCAGGUUGAUGGUCUCUGGCGGGAAACUCGUGCUGCUACUCGGCUUCCUCUACAUGUUUGUCUGCUCCUUGGACAUUCUCAGCUCUGCUUUCCAGCUCGUUGGAGGUAAGGCUGCGGGGGACAUCUUCCAGGAGAACUCCGUGCUCUCCAACCCCCUGGCAGGCUUGGUUAUUGGGGUUCUAGUGACGCUCUUGGUACAGAGCUCCAGUACAUCCUCCUCCAUCAUCGUCAGCAUGGUAUCCUCGGGCUUGUUGCAGGUCCAGAGUGCCGUCCCUAUCAUCAUGGGAACCAACAUUGGCACUUCUGUCACCAACACUAUCGUAGCCUUGACACAAGCAGGAGACCGCGACGUGUUUCGCCGGGCAUUUGCUGGGGCCACUGUGCACGAUUUCUUCAACUGGCUGUCAGUGCUGGUACUGCUGCCCCUGGAGGUUGCUUCUGGGUACCUCUACAGGCUCACCGGCCUCUUGGUGAACUCGCUGCACAUUCAGAGUGGCGAGCAAGCCCCCCAGCUGCUCAGCGUCAUCACCGACCCGCUCACCAACGCCGUCAUCCAGUUGGAUGAAGAUGUUUUAAACGACAUUGCUACUGGGGAUUCUUCAGCCAGGAACAAGAGUCUUAUCAAGAUAUGGUGUGAAACGGAGACCAACACGACCUUGCAAAAUAUGACUGUGAGCAUAGAGGGAAACUUAACUUGGAUCCUGAAGAACGUUUCGGAGACGGUGAACCUCAAGAAAUGUGCUCACAUGUUUGCCAGUGCCAACCUGUCGGACCUGGCAGUGGGCUUCAUUCUGCUGGCGUUAUCUCUGCUGCUUCUCUGUACCUGCCUCGUUCUCAUUGUCAAGAUUCUCAACUCCGUGCUGAAAGGCCAAGUGGCUUUGGCUAUCAAAAAGAUUAUUAACACAGAUUUUCCCUUCCCCUUCAGUUGGGUGACAGGCUACCUCGCCAUCAUCGUCGGGGCAGGAAUGACCUUUGUUGUCCAGAGCAGCUCUGUCUUUACUUCUGCAAUCACACCUCUGGUUGGUAUUGGCGUGAUCAGCAUAGAAAGGGCUUACCCUCUGUCUCUGGGCGCCAACAUUGGGACCACCACCACUGCCAUUCUCGCGGCCCUGGCUGGCCCCGUAGGCACGCUCAGCAACUCUCUUCAGAUCGCCCUGGUGCACCUUUUCUUCAAUGUCAGCGGCAUCGUGCUCUGGUACACCCUACCUUUUAUGCGCUUUCCAAUCCGGCUGGCCAAGGCUUUGGGGAGCUGCACUGCCAAGUACCGCUGGUUUGCGGUGCUCUACAUCUUUGUCUGCUUCGUCCUCUUUCCACUAGUGGUGUUCGGCUUGUCGUUGGCUGGCUGGUGGGCACUGAUCAGUGUCGGGGUACCUUUUAUCGUGCUGUUGCUUUUUAUCACCCUCGUCAAUGUCAUACAGUCUCGGCGCCCCCGGUGGUUGCCCCGCGUACUGCGCACGUGGGACUUCCUGCCCUACUGGAUGCACUCACUUCAGCCACUGGACCGUCUGGUUACUGCGGUGAUGGCCCACUGUAGCUGCAUCUGCUGCAGAAGGCCCCCGGAGGAGGACAAAGCUGGGACUGCAGGCAGCCCCGUGCAGCCCCAGGAACUUAACCCAGGAACUAUGCAACAUGCUGCUGCCAAAUGCACUCAUUUAUAACACAGUUAUAAUGCAAUUACUGAAGUAGCUGUCUCCACAGCUGUUGAAAGACUGAAACCUGUGACUCCUCUGAGGAGAAUCUGUCCUGCUUCCAGAUAGAUAGCGAGUUUAUCAAAUGUGGUUUUAUAAUACUUAGGUUCGGCAUAACUUAUGUUUGCAAAAUUGACUUUUGACUCAUGCUGGGCCCUUAUCCGAAACAGGGUUGCACUGAGUUAUGGAGCCUGUCCUAAGGAACACGGGUCACAAGUAGGGAAGACUCUGGACAAGACACCACGGCACACGCACAGCAAGCUGGCCGUUUACCUGCUUAGCUGUGACACUCAUUUGUGUGACUUGUAGCGAUCCUGGAUGCAUUGAAAAUAACUGGAAUCUAAUGCCUUACAUAAAAUGGACCAAGUUAUGAAUCAGUGUUAUGAUGCAUAGGGCAGUUUUCACAAAAUUACAUUGUUUCAAAGCGCUUUACAUUAUCCCUGCCCAAAGACACCAGAGAGCAAAGCCAGAGGUGACAGUGGCAAGGAAAAACUCCCUAGAAGGAAGAAACCUUGGGAGGAACCAGACUCAAAGGGGGAGUCCAUCCUGCAGAGGAAGUCAAACAGGAUGGCAAAGUCCUAAUUUACACUGUACAAAUUUUAAGAUUUUAGUCAGAAUUGUAUGAUUUCUUCAAAAUCAUACAAUUGUGACUAAUGUCUGUCUUAUUCAGUGGCCCAGUGAAUUAUGGGAGAAACGUCCCAUCAGACGUCCCAACGUCUGAUGUAAAACCUGA